AUGGCAGUAAGGUUUCCUUAUCGUCCCAGAGGAGCAGCCAAAGAGGACACAACCCCCAAAAAAGGGUUUCGACGCUAUCUGUACGAACUGAGAGAGAGCAAUAAAGAAUUCUGGAUUAUGGGACAUGCCCCGUCAAAGCUUGUGACUUUGGCCUGCAUGAUCCUUGCACUAGACUACUUUGAACAAAUGCGUUCACAUCCCAUCCUGACCCUGGUCCUAUGUAUGGAAACGGCAAUCUACAUAUUCUUCAUCUUCCUUUACACCCUCGCCAUCAACCGAUACAUUCCCUUCAUCUUCUGGCCUAUGACGGAUAUGUUCAACAGCCUGUUCUCCUGUGUGUUCCUUGGAGGCGGCAUAUACUUUGCUCUUAAGGCUAGAAGAACAUUGCCGAAGCCCUACUUAACUGCUAUGAUCCUCAUGGGAAUUGCUGCACUCUCUUGUUUUAUCGACUUUUUUCUUCAAAUUAGACACUUUGCAGGCCUUAAGCUGAGGAGGUGGUAA